UAUUGUCAAUGUGCAAAUUGUAGAAAUUUUAGAAAUUUCAAAACCUAACUUUAUGCAUUUUGUAACGAAACAAAUAACAGUUCUAAUCAUCUAAUAAUUUAAUAAUUACGAACUGAGGUUACAGAAUUGAGCAAUAACUAUGUAUUUAAGAUAUUUUUUGAAUGAAAAGGGCGAUAGGCAAUACACCCUUGCAACUAUCGACCCAAGUGGAAAACCAACUCUUUCAGCUCAUCCAGCCCGUUUUUCACCUGAGGAUAAGUAUUCAAGGCAAAGAAUAACAAUUAAGAAAAGAUUCGGUCUCCUUCUAACACAACAGCCUGAGCAAAUUCAUUAACAU